GUCGGUGAGUAUCCGGGAAGCGCCACUAUGGGGUUCCGUAAGAAGAGCACCAAGAACCCCCCAGUGCUGAGCCAAGAAUUCAUCCUGCAGAAUCAUGCGGACAUCGCCUCCUGUGUGGGGAUGUUCUUCCUGCUGGGGCUUAUGUUCGAGGGAACAUCAGAAGUAUCUAUCAUUUUUCUUACUCUUCAGCACAGUGUCAUCGUCCCUGCAGUAGAAGAACAAGCUACGGGAACCAAAUCCCUUUAUUAUUAUGGUGUCAAAGAUUUGGCUCCGGUUUUCUUCUACAUGCUGGUGACAAUAAUUAUUCACGCCACAAUUCAGGAAUAUGUGUUGGAUAAAAUUAGCAAGAGAAUGCAGUUCACCAAAGCGAAACAAAACAAGUUUAAUGAAUCUGGUCAGUUUGGUGUAUUCUACCUUGUUUCUUGUAUCUGGGCCACAUUCAUUCUGAUCUCUGAAAACUGCCUGUCAGACCCAACUCUCAUCUGGAGGGCUCAUUCCCAUAACAUGAUGACAUUUCAAAUGAAGUUUUUCUACAUAUCACAGUUGGCUUAUUGGUUUCAUGCUUUACCUGAACUCUACUUCCAGAAAACCAAAAAACAAGAUAUCCCCGGUCACCUGGUCUACAUUGGCCUUCACCUGUUCCACAUUGCCGGAGCUUAUCUUCUGUACUUGAAUUAUCUGGGACUUCUUCUUUUGGUGCUGCAUUAUUUUGUUGAAUUACUUUCUCACAUGUGCGGCCUGUUUUAUUUUAGUGAUGAAAAGUACGAGAAAGGGAUUUCUCUGUGGGCCAUAGUGUUUAUUUUGGGUAGACUUGUGACUUUAAUUGUUUCGGUAGUCACUGUUGGGUUUCACCUGGCUGGAUCGCAGAAUCGGAAUCCGGAUUCCAUCACUGGAAACGUAAAUGUGUUGGCAGCUAAAAUUGCUGUUCUGUCCUCCAGUUGCACCAUCCAAGCUUACGUAACGUGGACCUUAAUUACUGUCCGACUUCAGAGGUGGAUAGAAGAUUCUAAUAUUCGGAUCUCAUGUGUGAAGAAGAAACGGUCCACGACUAAAGGCAGGUCUUCUAGAAAAGGAACCGAAAAUGGAGUGGAAACUUCAAAUAGAGUAGAUACUCCUCCAAAGAGGAAAGAAAAAUCUGCAUAAUGAUUUACAAGCUAAUUGGCUAAUGUUUCCAAAGGAAUCUGCUCUUUAUUAUAAGAUAAUCAUUCUGCACUAGAGAUUUUUCUGUUGUUGAAAAUAGUUUCUGCUCAUUGUUUUUUGCUAUUGUACUGUCUAAUGUAUUUUUUUAAGGCAUUUGGGGAAGGAUGAUUAUUAUGAUUGGACAAAAAAGAUCAUUGCAGUUAAGACUAAGCUUCUUGUCAAAAUAGUGUCAAAACAGUGAAGGAAUCACCACUGUAUUUCGAUUUGAUUUUGUACCUUUGGACAUUUUCUUAGUGAUUUGUAUGCAUAACUACAAAAUUCCACAUAUCAGUGAUACAACUUCUUGCUCCCAUCCAUCUUCUAUAAUAUUAACAAGAUGGUCUGUUAUAGCAAGGUCAUAUUUUUAAUGUUCUCUUUCAGGGUAAAAUGGAAAUGCUAUAAAGGUGGAAGUGCAAUCAGUUUUCUCUUAUUGUUGGAAUUUUUUUUUUAGAACUUACAACGGAGGAAAGAUCUGUAAAACCACCAAAAUAAUAAUGUGCUUUACUUUAUAGGUAGUGAUUGUUAGUGUUACAUCCCCAUUAAAAAGAACAAAAUAGUAAUGGGUAACAUGUAUGGCGAUGUAUUGCUAUAAAUAGUGAAAUUGAAU